AUGAUACCGAUGGGGACUUUGCAUGGACUCUCACGUCUUCAGCAGCUCACGUGGCCAGAUCAUUUAGACGUACCAAUAGAAGAAAUUGAGGCAUCGUCACGGUUGGAAGUAUUUCAAGGCAGGUUAAAUAGCAUACGUGAUCUCAAUCGGUUAAUCAACUCACGAAAAAUUGGCGAGCAAUCCUUUUUGUACAAUAUUAGAAUAAGUUCUCGAAAAACAUUCAAACCACGAGAAGAUCUCAUUUUACGAUGGAAACAUUUGAGUUUUCGAAAAGACAGUCUCAUGGAAUCCUCUUUAGACACAGAUAAGUAUAUGCUACCACGAUAUAUUGAGAUUUUAUCAUUUUCAAGAAGUGGCUUGAGUGGUUGCUUAUUAGAUGAUUUUCCAAUGUCGAAUUAUGCUAGAGAUUUAAAAGAAUGCUGGAUACAAAAGGAGGAUAAAAUAGAGUGCAUCAUGAGGUUAGAGAACGAACAACACUCUAGCACUGGGGUCCCAUUCCAAAGCCUUAAAACGAUGUAUAUGAGUGGCUUGCCAAAUUUAAUCGGUCUCUUCAAGUGGGAAGCAGUCGCACCUCUUCCACCUGGCACAUUUUCCUGUCUUGAAUAUUUGACAAUUCAUGGUUGUGGUAAAAUCGAGAAGCUUUUCCCUCAGAGUUUGGCACAUAAUUUCCAUAACCUCCAAGAAUUGACUGUCGAGAACUGUGUACAAAUGGAGGAGAUAAUAGAAGAUGACAACAAUGAAGGAGCUGAUAUCACAUUGCCAAAGUUAAGGAACUUGUAUCUGGAGAAUCUGCCACAACUAAAGAGCAUCUGCAAGGGAAAGAUGAUUUGUGAUUCCAUUGAGUCCAUUAAUUUGAAGGGCAUUGAUAAUGUAAAGGAAUUGCCUUUAAAUUUACCGCUUCUCCACGGACAACUAUCUCCUCCCCCACGUCUUGAAAAAAUAGUCGUAGACGACAAAGAAUGGUGGGAAUCAUUGGAGUGGGACCAUCACAAUGCCAAAAAUGUCCUUCAACCCUUGGUUUCUUUUGAGAAUCCGUUCGAAACAGGAUUGAUUCUUCCUUGCAUCUUGACAUCUUGA